AUGCAUUACAAGCGCAGCGCCUGCCUGGGAUUACUCAUGAUGCUCGUUUUCUGCAAGGAGCAAGUGAGAGCCAAGCCGAUGAGCAGCCUGCAGAGUUUGUCCAGGUUAUUGGAGGACAACUUUGACCGCCCUUAUGGGUCUGAUGAAAGUGACCAUGGGGAGUUGGUACCGACUGACUCACUGGACCAGCUGAACCCUGACAACCGGUGGAACAAAAACAGGGUUGACCCAAUGGAAGGCUCCCACAUAAAUGAAAUCACCCUGCAGCAGCUGCUCAGCGACCCCGCAGGCGCCUCCAGAAGAUUCCAGCAAAGGAGCAAGAAGGGCUUUUCGAGGGGAUGCUUUGGGGUAAAGCUGGACAGGAUAGGGGCACUCAGUGGGCUUGGCUGCUGA